CUUCCUUUCCGCCUUCAACAAACCAAUCACACAAGAAAUUUGGUUAAAAUUAUCACACUGUAAACUGUUCUCCAUUUCUUCCUGUUAAGCUGCUCUUUAGUGUCCAAUGGCGGCAUCAGUCGACAACCGCCAGUUCCACCUCGAACCAUCCUUAAAUGGCGUCGUUCGGUUCAAAUCAGGUGCAACCCACAGGUCUGACUCUCCCGUUCGUACCUUCAACUUUACCCCAGAUUUUACCCGCUCCAACCAGAAACCGGAUCCUUAUACAAUGGAGGAAGAUUACUCCAGCGACGAUGAAGCUGAUUAUAAGGAUCUAAUCAGAAAGGGAAAUAGCGAGUUAGAGCCAUCGAUUCUCGACCCACGAGACGAAGGAACUGCUGAUAACUGGGUGGAGCGUAACCCUUCAAUGAUCCGACUCACAGGAAAACAUCCCUUUAACUGUGAAGCCCCCUUGCCCAUGCUCAUGCAUCACGGGUUCAUAACCCCAGUCCCGCUCCACUACGUCCGCAGCCACGGUGCUGUUCCUAAGACGAGUUGGAGUGACUGGACCGUUGAGAUUUGCGGGUUAGUGAAAAGACCAAUCCGGUUCACCAUGAACCAGCUAGUGAAUGAGUUCCCGAGCCGUGAAUUCCCGGUGACCCUGGUUUGCGCGGGCAAUAGACGAAAAGAACAAAACAUGGUGAAACAAACCAUCGGUUUUAACUGGGGAGCAGGAGGAGUAUCCACUUCUGUGUGGCGCGGUGUACCUUUACAUUUGAUACUGAAGCGAUGUGGAAUCUACAGCCGCAAGAAAGGGGCCCUGAAUGUGUGCUUUGAAGGAGCGGAGGAUCUUCCAGGUGGAGGUGGGUCCAAGUAUGGAACCAGCAUCAGGAAAGAGUAUGCCAUGGAUCCAGCGCGUGAUAUAAUCCUGGCUUACAUGCAAAACGGUGAGCUUUUGGCUCCUGACCAUGGAUACCCAGUGAGGAUGAUUAUUCCUGGCUUCAUCGGUGGCCGUAUGGUUAAAUGGUUAAAGAGAAUUAUCGUUACCACCAAAGAAUCUGACAGUUAUUAUCAUUACAAGGACAACAGAGUUCUGCCUUCCCAUGUUGAUGCUGAGCUUGCUAAUGCUGAAGGAUGGUGGUAUAAACCGGAAUAUAUCAUCAACGAGUUGAAUAUAAAUUCGGUGAUAACGACACCAACUCAUGAAGAGAUCUUGCCUAUUAAUUCGUGGACUACUCAGAUGCCAUACAGGUUGAAGGGUUACGCAUAUUCCGGCGGUGGGAAGAAAGUGACGCGUGUCGAGGUGACCAUGGAUGGUGGGGAAACGUGGCAAGUUUGCACUUUGGACCAUCUUGAGAAACCUAACAAGUAUGGCAAAUACUGGUGCUGGUGCUUCUGGUCCCUGGAGGUGGAGGUUCUGGACUUGCUUGGAGCCAAAGAGAUUGCCGUAAGAGCGUGGGAUCAGGCCCUUAGCACCCAACCCGAGAAGCUCAUCUGGAACGUCAUGGUAUGUCACAUUUCUUUUUCUUAAUUUUAGUCCACCUAUUUGUGUUCAUGUACGUGGUGAAGAAUAAACAAAUCGAAAAACCUUAAGCCAAUAGCAAGUCGCCACUUGGGUUUUGGUGAAGCGACGUGAGAGUCCCAUUGAUACAUUCAACUGUGGGAAUCCUAAUUUCUCCCACAAACCCCACAUAGUUUGGAACUGUGUGGCCCCUUAAACAAAUUACCUGUUGUUUUCGGUGGACGUAUGCCUUAGGCUGAUUUCCAUAAGAAAAAUGAUGUUACUGCCUACCUCAUCCUGAAUUAGUGCUGCUUAAUUUGACGAUGCAAGCGAUUAAAAAUUCUCUUCUUAAAAAAGAAUCGUUAUUUUAUGUGGAGAUUAAAAAUCAAUGAUUUUUUUUUUUAUUUUUAACUUAGACUCACCAUUUGUUGUCCUUGAUGUUGAUGGUAGACUAGCAAUUUGUUUUUGAAAUAUAAACACU